ACUAAGUUGAAACACGUAUCUUCUUUAUUGCUUGAAUCAUUGUUGGACUUUCCUUCCCCCUUCAUACGGUUCAUUCAUAAUGUUCCCUUUCGUGGGUGGACUAUAUAAACGUGUUUAUUUCUCUUCUCUGUUCUUUUAUAAAUUGCAGGAGCUUCUCGUUAAAUAUCGUGCACAAAAUAAAUUUUGACAUUAUAUUACGGCUAAUUUUUAUCUGGUGAAAGGAUAAACGAUGGUUUCUCGAUAUUAUGUAUUUUAGUUUUUUCUUAUCGAUUCUUCUAACGUGAAAAAUGUUUUUCUAUAAGUUUCGAUACCUGUUUCUACUUCUUUUGAUCAUCAAAUUAUUUGCGAAAUAUACAGUUGGCCUUUACGAGUCGGCACCACAUAUAAUUAUUUUCAUGGCCGAUGAUUUGGGAUGGAACGAUGUUGGAUUUCAUGGUUCCAAUCAAAUACCAACACCGAAUAUAGAUGCUCUUGGAUAUAAUGGAAUUAUUUUAAAUAAACAUUAUGUAUUGCCUUCGAGUACAUCUUCAAGAAUAGCGUUUUUUACAGGGAAAUAUCCUAUUCGUAUGGGAAUGCAAGGAGAUGGUAUUCGCGGUGGCGAACCACGCGGUCUUCCUUUAGACGUACGAAUUUUGCCAGAACGUUUAAGAGGUUUGGGAUAUACUACAAAAUUAAUUGGUAAAUGGCAUGUUGGUUACCAUACUGCUCAGCAUACCCCUUUGCACAGAGGUUUCGAUUCUUUUCUUGGGUUUUAUAAUAGCUACGUCACAUAUUACGAUUACAAAUAUACGUAUCAGAAUAUGAGUGGAUACGAUAUGCAUAGAGGUGAAAAUCCAGCUUAUGGACUUUCCGAUAAAUAUGCAACGGAUCUCUUUACCCAAGAAGCAGUAAGAAUCAUCGAACAUCACGAACUUCCACGACCACUUUAUCUUCAAUUAUCGCAUCUUGCGGUACACGCACCUUUAGAGAGUCCGCAAGAUUAUGGGAAGGAUAAAGAAUUUAUGCAUAUCCGAGAACCGAAUCGGCGCAAAUACGCAAGAAUGGUAGCUGGAUUGGACGAAUCCGUAGGGAAAAUUGUUUACGCGUUAGGUGAAAAGGCAAUGUUAAGUAAUUCCUUGAUAUUGUUCUUAACUGAUAACGGAGCACCCUCCAUUGGGAGAUUUCGUAAUUGGGGCUCGAAUUAUCCAUUACGAGGGAUGAAAUAUACUCUUUACGAGGGUGGCGUAAGAGGAGUAGCUGUACUUUGGUCUCCAAGAUUACAAAAGCCUGCACGUGUGUCGAAUCAAUUGAUACACAUUACCGAUUGGCUACCAACCUUAUAUUCCGCAGCAGGUGGCGAUUUAAAAGAUCUAGGUGACAUCGACGGUGUAGAUCAAUGGCAUCUUCUUAGCGAGGAAAAGGGUAAAGAAAGGGAAAAUAUUUUACUCAAUAUCGACGAAAUUGAAAGGACAGAGGGGGCGAUUUACAAACGUUUCAAGUUGCUUCGAGGAUCCGUAGAAUAUGGUCAUUACGAUGGAUAUUAUGGUGAUUCAGGAUAUUACGAUAAAUCGGCCGAACUUCCAUCCUAUGCCGAGACAAUAUUGAAGAGUUCAGUUUCCGAUAGUAUCACCUAUCAUCUUGGAGGACCAGUUACUCAGCCUAGUAUGAUAGUACGUUUACGUGAUGAAGCAACGAUUAGAUGUCGAUCAAAUAUGAGUUAUUACGCUAGAAGUUCUUUCACGACGUGCAACGUUACCGAAUGCCUUUUUGAUUUGGAGAGUGAUUCUUGCGAAAUGAAUAAUAUAGCCAAUCAAUAUCCAAGGAUCGUCAAAGAGCUAGAUCUAAUCUUGGAAAAGUACGGACGUGUUUUGGUAAGUCAAACGAUGGUACCAUUCGACUGGAGAGCCGAUCCAAAGAGAAUGAAUAACACAUGGGAACCAUGGAUGAUUCCCGGACCUGGAAUGUUGAGUUAUGGUUUUUACUCGAACUCUGCAAUUACUUUCACGAUCGACUCUUUAUCCCUACUUUUUCGUGCCAUAAUGAUGCUUUUAGCGAUUAUAAUGUAUUACAUAGUAUAAGGAAAAAUUAUCUUUAAAAAGAGAAAGGUAAAGAAAUAUCUUACCGAAUUGUUGCUUCAUUAUUAUUACGUAAAAAUAAAAACAAA